GAGCAUCCUGAGCUUCCUUUAUAAUCAGCGCGGAGGCACGCGCACGCGGCUGUGCGGCGCCCCCGGGGAAGCCCCGCACGGCGCGCAGAGGUUUGCAGACUCUGAGUGCAGGGCGCACCCGCUUCCGCGCUCUCGAGGCCGCCGGCGCGGUCCAGCCAUUGGCAGGAGGGGAAUAACGGCCCCGCAGCGUCUCGCCCCGCCUGCCCCGCAGCCAGGCCGCAUAGACAGCGGCUCCCGGCGCAGCACAGGUGGGCUGGAGAAGCUGGGGAGACCGAGGCGCGCCAUCGAGCGGACUCGGAGGUCUGCGCCAGGACCAUGGGCGCCGCGCUGGGCACCGGCGCACGGCUGACUCUCCGGCCCGGCCGGGCCUGCGGCGCUGUCCGGAGCUGGGCGCCCCCCGCGCCCGCCCGAGGCUGCCGCUCCAAGGCCCGCCCGGCGCGCCCAGUGCCGCUGAAGAAGCGGGGGUACGAUGUCACCAGGAACCCGCAUCUCAACAAGGGCAUGGCCUUUACACUUGAAGAGAGGCUGCAGCUUGGGAUCCACGGCCUCAUCCCCCCCUGCUUCCUGAGCCAGGACGUCCAGCUCCUCCGGGUCAUGAGAUACUACGAGCGACAGCAGAGUGACCUGGACAAGUACAUCAUCCUCAUGACGCUCCAGGACCGGAACGAGAAGCUCUUCUACCGUGUGCUGACCUCAGACGUGGAGAAGUUCCUGCCCAUCGUGUACACGCCUACCGUGGGGCUGGCCUGCCAGCACUACGGCCUGACCUUCCGCAGACCCCGUGGGCUGUUUAUCACCGUUCAUGACAAGGGCCACCUUGCAACAAUGCUCAACUCCUGGCCAGAAGACGAUAUUAAGGCGGUGGUGGUGACUGACGGGGAACGCAUUCUGGGCCUGGGAGACCUGGGCUGCUAUGGCAUGGGCAUCCCCGUGGGCAAGCUGGCCCUGUACACAGCAUGCGGAGGUGUCAACCCGCGGCAGUGCCUCCCUGUGCUGCUGGACGUGGGCACCAACAACGAGGAGCUGCUCAGGGACCCCCUGUACAUCGGCCUGAAGCACCGGCGCGUCCGCGGGCAGGAGUAUGACGACCUUCUGGACGAGUUCAUGCAGGCUGUAACGGACAAGUUUGGAAUAAACUGCCUCAUCCAGUUUGAGGACUUUGCCAAUGCCAACGCCUUCCGCCUUCUCAACAAAUACCGCAACAAGUACUGCAUGUUCAACGAUGACAUCCAAGGCACAGCCUCUGUGGCCGUGGCAGGGAUCCUGGCUGCUCUGCGGAUCACCAAGAACAAGCUCUCCAAUCACGUGUUUGUUUUCCAAGGUGCUGGUGAGGCAGCCAUGGGCAUUGCCCACCUCCUUGUCAUGGCCCUAGAGAAAGAAGGUGUACCCAAAGCAGAGGCCACAAGGAAGAUCUGGAUGGUGGACUCCAAGGGGCUCAUUGUCAAGGGGAGGAGCCACCUGAACCAUGAGAAGGAGAUGUUUGCCCAGGACCACCCCGAAGUGAACUCCCUGGAGGAGGUGGUGAGGCUGGUGAAGCCCACGGCCAUCAUAGGUGUUGCUGCCAUCGCAGGAGCCUUCACGGAGCAGAUCCUGAGGGACAUGGCCUCCUUCCACGAGCACCCAAUCAUCUUUGCCCUGAGCAACCCCACCAGCAAGGCCGAGUGCACGGCUGAGAAGUGCUACCGGGUCACCGAGGGCCGAGGGAUCUUUGCCAGUGGAAGUCCUUUUCCAAGCGUGACUCUGGAGGAUGGCAGGACCUUCUUUCCGGGGCAGGGCAACAACGCCUACGUGUUCCCCGGCGUGGCCCUGGGAGUCAUUGCCGGCGGGAUCCGGCACAUCCCGGAUGAGAUCUUCCUCCUGACAGCAGAGCCUGGUAAAAUACAGCGAUCAUCCCUGUGUUAUAGACAAGGAAACAGGCACCGAGAGGGGUCACUUGGCUUGUGAGCAGUGCACCAGGAGGGCCCCAGGCAACGUGCCUUGAAGCCACAGCAGAGCAUUGGCAAUGCCCAGCGUCUUAGAAGCAACCACACCUACCGCGAUCCAACUCGUCACUGCAGGAGCUUUCUAGCUGCAGAUCUAUCCCUGGGAAUCCUGCUUCCCUCUGAUCAGUCCAUCCUCGAUAGCUCCACAAAGAGGAUCCUUCAAAGCCGGGAACAGGCCCCCUUGUCUCCUAAACUUCAGACUUUAUAUGGCUCGCUGGUGCUCCCAGGAAAGUCCAAACCCCUUCAUGCGGUUCAUCCCAGGCCCUCCUUCCCUCCCCCUGC